AUGGGUUGUAUUUUUGGAUGUGAUCAACCUUAUGAUGAUGAUGAUGAUAUAUAUAUAAGAGAUAAUCAUCAUCGUCAUCAUCAUCACCAUCAUAAUCAUCAUAAUCAUCAUAAUCAACAUCAUCGAUCUCAUCGUCGUGUUGUACCUUAUUAUAGUUAUUGUCUUAAUUGUCGUUGUGAACAAUAUGAUCAAGUUGAUCGAAGUUCGAACAAAUGUAUUUGUGGACAUAGUCCAAUUGAACAUAAAACGAUAUAA